AUGAAUGGGUGCCUAAUCCCAGACACUCCAAUUGCUGUGGAUUAUUGGAGGACAAGAAACUGUCCAGAAACAAAGUUAUUCUUUUUGACUCAUAUGCAUGCAGAUCAUACAUCUGGAUUGUCACCAUCAUGGAAGAGUACUAUAUAUUGCUCUCCUGUUUCUGCAAAGCUUUUAAGAGCUAAAUUUGAAAUCCAGCAAAGCCUAAUACAAUCCUUGGAAGUAGGUGUCGGCCAUGUCAUCCCCCUUGAUGAGUACGGUCAUGAAACAAUGACAGUGACACCAAUUGAUGCCAAUCACUGCCCAGGAUCUGUUAUCUACCUAUUUGUUGGGUACUUUGGAACUGUUUUAUACACUGGUGAUUUUCGAUACACAUCAGACAUGUUUCUCAACCCACCUCUGUGUAAGCAUCUAUGUGUGGAUGUUCUAUACCUUGAUAACACUUACAAUAACCCAAACUGUUUAUUUCCAAGUCGAGAGGAAUGUACAGCAAAAAUAAUUGAAAUAAUUCAGAGUCAUCCACAGCAUGACGUUAAGUUAGGGAUGCACACACUAGGUAAAGAAAAUCUACUUGUUGAUAUUGCUAGAGCCGUUCAAGAAUGGAUCGUUGUGAGUCCAUCUAGAUACAGCACUCUUGAACAACUUAAAAUGCCCAAUGUGUUCACAACUGAGACAGAUGCAGGGAGAAUACAUCUUGUUUCAUCCUAUCAGAUCACAAAGAAAAUCAUGAAAAAAUGGAAUGACAAAAGACCAACUAUUGGUAUCCUUCCUACUGCCCUGUACACUAGCCUGAAUGGUCAGCCAUAUUCCAGCCAAAAAGAUGUUUUCGUAGUUCCUUAUUCAGACCAUUCUUCCUACUAUGAACUUUUCAAAUUUGUCUCCCAAGUUAGACCAAAAACUAUCAUACCAAUUGUGAAACAGAAGUCAUUUGGUGUAUUCGGUAGUAGUAUAUCCGACCUUUCCGAUAUGCGUAAUUUCAAAGAAUGCAUGAAUCCAGAGCAUGUUGUUCCUUUCGAGAUACCAAUCACUGUGGUGAGCUACAUGAAAUCAACCCAUCAAGCUAGCACUGAUUCUGAGCUAAACUUCAUGGAGAUUAGUGACAAGAUAACCCAUGUAAAAAGGAUAAAACAGUCACGGUCCUUGAUCCCGAAAAGAGUCACAAAAGGAGUUGUAUAUUCUGACUCGCCUAGAAAGUCACUGAAUGAUAAACCACCAUUCAGUAAUACUACAAGUGCAACUACCGGUAGUUGUUCAUAUGCCUUGAAGCGCCAAUCAGAUGAUUGCUCUAGUGACUGUAAGGCACCAGCCGGAUUUAAAACAUUGCCAGUACAGCAGCAUGAAAUAAAACCCCAGCAGUGCAAAUUAGAAACUUCAAACAAGUUUUUCUCAGCUUUUGCAGCUUCCAGUAAUAAGGGUAGAAAACGAAAAUUGCCAGCUUCACUUUGCUAUCUCCAGAAGUUACAGCAUAACAAAAUUCAAAGACACGAAACCCAAUUUGACAAUGUGUUUAGUGAUGAUGUGAAAGUCAAGGUUAAAAAUAUAGUAGAAAAUGUGAAUUCUUUCAAAGAAAAUUAUGAUUAUGGAUCACCCAAGAGUAAAGCAGAGGGUCAUGUCGAUAUUAUGAACGGAAUGAAACAUUGUACUUGUAUGAUAAGUAGUAGCCUGACAUUUGACUCUCAUUGUCAUGCAAUACCUGACAGUAUGAAAGAUGUGAAUGGUGAACUGAAAAUGUCUGCUAAGGAUCAGGGAGAUGGAAGGCAUCUCGAGAGUACAAACCAAAUUGUACAAACUAUUGCAGAUACUAAUAACACACAAAGCCAAACUUUGGACUUCUAUGAUAAUAAGCAGUCAAACUCAACAGCUAAUCAGGAAACUGAUGCAGCAUUAUCUACUACAUUUCAAUCAGUAUGUACAAGUUGUGAGGGUGACACAGAUUACAACUCCUGUGUAGACAGCAAUGUACCAUGUGAUGCAAACUCUGCCCAAUCUACCAUAGACUUUGUUGACAAUGGUUUACAGUCUGAAUUGAAAGAUGAUAGUGACGAGCUUGUAGAUGUGAACUGUGAACCCUUUGACAACAUUGCACAAACUAAUGAUGACAGUGAACUAUCUAUCAUCAAUUCUAUUGACAAUGUAUCUUCAAAAUAUAAUGACCAGUGUUCUGUUAUAAUUUGUGCUUCUAUUGACAACAAUGUAGCAUCCAACGGUAACUGCAAUCAAUCUACCAGUGAUCCUAUAGAUGUUGAUUCAAAAGAUGACACAAAUGAAAGUGUAGAAAUGAACAGUGCUUCCGUAGCUAAUGUACAAACUUAUGGGAGCAUGGAUCGUCAUAUAAACGACAGUGUACUUUCAAAAGAUGACAGUUACCAAUCUACCAAUAUGAAUAUUGCUCCCACAGAUAACAAUGACCAUUCAAUCAUUGUUUCUAAUGUUCAUUCAGAAGAGAAUAACGAGUGUGACUAUAUGUAUUGUACUUCCUUAGAAAACAGUAUCUGUUUUGAUGAUAACAGUGAUACUGUUAAAUGUACUGACAGUAAUAUACAGUCUGAUGAUAUUGAUCAGUAUACUAAUGUGGAGUAUGUGUCUAUAGUUGACAAUGUACAGUUAGAAAGUGGCAUUGCUCGAUCCACCAGUGUUCAUAGGCACAACAGUGUUCAGUAUGGUGGUAAAAAAAAUCAAGACCAAAUUAGUAAAUCAAUUUCAGUUCAUAAAGUUGAUAGUAACCGCUGUUUUCAUACAAGUAUAUCCGUUAAACCACUGAGAAAAUGUUCAGUCAAUUCAUAUUUCUUUUCUGUGAAACCAUUAAGAUAUAAUCAUCAUUAA